GGAUCGGAGAUGGAGAAUACUUCUUAUAUGGUUGCAUCUAAGCACAAGCUGAGUACCUUUUUCUCCCUCAUAUUCCGUUCUCCCACUUCUUAUCACCCUUUGCUAGCCUCUGCAGUGUCCAGACUAAUAAUGCAAGACCAGGGGAACCGCCUAAUUGUGGGUAAGGAUGAGAAUACCGUGCGGCAGCUCAUAAGGAUGAUUAACAGUGACAAUCUCCGUUUGGUUGAACAAGCUUGCUCUUCUUUAUCCAAUCUCGCCGGAAAUGUUUAUAGUGAAAUGUUAAUAAGAUGCGACAUCAUGCAACCAAUUGAAACUAUUUUGAACUCUCCUGUCCUUGAAGAUCCUGUUUCUGUGCUGCAAGUUAUGGCCAAUCUAGCCUAUGGGUCUGACACUGUAGCUCAGAAGAUGCUAACUGCUGGUGUUUUGAGAUCAUUAGAAAAACUGUUCCAUCAUAAAAACACAGAGGUGCAAAGGCUUGCUUUGCUAGCUGUGGGAAAUUUGGCAUUUUGUCGAGAGAAUCGUCAGCUUCUUGUCACUUCUAAGUGCUUGAGGGAACUUCUCGUGUGCUUGACAUCUACACCUGAGCCGCGAGUAAAUAAAGCUGCAGCUCGUGCUUUGGCAAUUUUAGGAGAGAAUGAAAGCUUGCUAGAUGCUAUUAGAGGGAGACAAGUACCAAAACAAGGCAUACGCAUUCUGUCGUUGGAUGGAGGUGGGAUGAAAGGUCUUGCAACCGUGCAGAUCCUUCAAGAAAUUGAGAAAGGAACUGGAAAGCGAAUGCACGAGCUAUUUGACCUUAUAUGCGGAACAUCUACCGGUGGCAUUUUUGCUGCUGCACUCGGUAUUAAGUUGAUGAGCGCAGACCAAUUGGAAGAAAUAUACAGAAAUAUGGGGAAAGUUGUUUUCUCUGAACCUGUGCCGAAGGAUAACAAAGUUGCGUCUUGGAGAAACAAGUUGGACCGGCUUUAUAGAAGUUCAUCGCAGAGGUUCAGGGUUGUUGUGAAAGGAUCUAAGCACAACUCAGAAAAGCUAGAGAGGUUACUACAGGACAUGUGUGUAGAUGAAGAUGGUGAUGACCUACUAAUCGAAACUGCUGUGAAAAAUAUUCCAAAAGUCUUUCUUGUGUCAACUUUAGCGAGUGUUACACCCGCUCAGCCUUUUGUAUUUCGCAAUUAUCAGUACCCUGUGGGAACGCUGGAGGUGCCUCUUGGAAUGUCUGAAAGUUCCGAAACCACCGUGCCAGGAUCUCCAACUACAGGUACCCAGCUUGGCUGCAAAAGAAGUGCUUUUGUUGGAAGUUGUAAACAUCUUUUGUGGCAAGCUAUAAGGGCAUCUUGUGCUGCUCCAUACUAUCUUGAUGACUUCUCCGACGGUGUAUACCGUUGGCUCGAUGGUGCUCUAUUAGCAAACAAUCCAACUAUCUUUUCAAUACGAGAAGCACAACUUUUAUGGCCUGAUACUAAAAUCGACUGUAUAGUUUCAAUUGGUUCUGGCUCAUUGCCUACCAAGGCUCGUAAAGGUGGUUGGCGAUAUCUAGAUGCGGGGCAAGUGCUGAUCGAGAGUGCAUGCUCUGUUGAUCACGCAGAAGAAGCCUUGAGGACGCUGUUGCCUAUGCAUCCCGAGAUCCAUUACUUUCGGUUUAAUCCAGUCGACGAACGUUGUGGUAUGGAGUUGGAUGAGACGGAUCCAACGGUUUGGCUGAACUUGGAAGAGGCAACAAGGGAUUACAUUGAAAAAAAUUGGGAGUCCUUCAAGAUUGCUUGUGAAAGACUAGUUAAAAAUAGAUGAGAAGUGGAGAGAGUU